CUUCGGAGUCGCGCGGGCACGGCCGGGCGCCGGUCAAAGCGAUCUCGUCGACGCCCCGGCCGGUCUCAGUAGUCGCGCGUUUUUCACCCGGCCCGUUCGUCGUUAACGUUGUGCCGUGUACGUUUUCGUGGCUGCCUUCGGACCGUGCCCGCGGAUCGCACGCCGUGUACGUACAACCGGUGAGUAUCGCAACGUCGUAGGCGUUUUCGACAACAACGGUCAUUAGUUGCCUGGGCGUCCGGUGGCGCGCGCGGGGGAACGUUAAGGGGGGGUCAAACCCUCGGUUUAUCGAAUUAUAACGUUUGUAUGCCCCGAGCCUUUAGCUCAUAUCAAUUUCCGUAUCCCCCCCCCCUACUGUUCGAGAAAUCGUGGUCUUUUCGCCAUCCCGUACCUUAAGUCCAAAUCGGGUAAAAAGAUUACUUUUUCGUUAGAGCUCCGAAACUGUCUUAAAUUUCUUCAAUACGACUCGUGAUUUAAAUUGGAUUUAAAUCUGGUUUAUUUUUGAAAAAAGCCGUAUAAAUUAGUCCCAGCAUAUCAACGUUUUCUUUAAUAUUUUCUUUUCGUAUAUUUCUUCGUAUUUUUGACCGCACUCUAUAUUGUAAAAGGGCUAGCUCCGUUGAAUUCUAAAUGAAUAAAUAAAUAAAUAAAACACAACCAGCGAUACUCGGCUCAGAAUCGGUUUUCGUUAGCAAUGGCUUAUCGUCGCAUACAGAUAAAAAUUAAAUUACCCUGCUUAUCCUCCCUUCCAAUUUCCUUCCUAAACCGGCGGUACGUCUAUCAGCAGUACCGGCCAUUACAUCAUAUUACACCAGAGGACGAGACUUGUUUUCCGAACCGCUGCCACGCGCGUUCCAGUCCGGCAAUGCGACGGGUAGCGCGGUCCCGGGUGACGUCGAUGACGACGUCGCGUAAUUGGACGGGUUUUCCCGUGUAGCCCGUACAGUGUGCCUACGUGUGUGUGCAGUUGGCGACGAACAGAACCGACGGUUUUUCUAGCAACAAGAAGAAAUUACGCGUGCGCGAAAUCUAGCGGCGGAUGCGUGUGUUAUUAUUGAUACGUGUGCGUGGAAUGAAAUUCGCCAACUCGUUGCCGCCGGGCGCGAAAGAGAAACGUUGAAAAUCAUCGAGUGUUGAUACGCAUCAAGUUACGCCGAGCGAUAUGAAAAUGCGAAUGAAACGAGAAUAUAGACGGACGUGCUUCGCACCACGGGUGGAUCGCCGAUUGUGGUCGCUGGCGAGUAACUGGGAAAGUGUCGGACAUAGAGCGGUGUUCAAUUUACGUAUCUGUACGCGACGAUUAAUUAUGAUUUAUAGCUAACGAAAAACGAUUCUGAACGGAGCCCGGUUAACGGUGCCCGCGGCUUUUGCAACAACACACGUGUCAUAAUAUUAUUGCAUUCGAGUAAAUGCAUACUGAAUGCAGCGUAUUACGCAGUAAGCACUUAUUAUCUCGCGCAGGUAAACACAUUUUACUAUUACGCAAUCUCGGUUAGUGUGUUUCGUAUUUUUCGGGUUUUUCCCUGUUAUUAUGAAAACCGUUGGGCAAAUAAUAAUGAAAAAAAAAAAAAAAAAAAACGGUUUUCUUCGUCGCCGACUAGUUCAGGAAUUCGACAAAAAAGGUCUCCCUUAGUUUUUCGAUUGAAACAAUAUUUCUUGUAUAAAACAUAAGUUACGAAAAUGUGAAAUCAUAAAAUCGUUACGCCGUAGACAUUUGUCCGUUUACCCCAACGUUUCUUUCCAAUUAUUAUGAAAACCGCUUAGAAUUUCAAAAAAAUGAUCUCCUUAAACUGUAAAGCACCAUCUACAUCUAAAAUGGAUAAAAAAAAGUUGUCUUGACGUUUAUUGAUAACAGGCGCGGAUAGAAACUUUCAGAAUAAUAUUUUACGGUAAAAAUAUCGAAGGAGUACCAAGAUCGACUUUGAAUUCGUUAAAACAAAUUUCAAUUAGUAACAUUUAAAAAAAAAAAAAAAAACUUGUUAUAAAAAUGAAAUACUAGCGUGGCGAUCGAAAUGUUUUUCAACUAAUACAUCGAAUCUGAUCGUUUAGUCUCGAGUAUAAUAUAGGUAUAUACGUUUCAGGGGUGGUCAAACGAGUGGAACGAGAGGAAUAUAGUAUCCCCCUCCCCACGCCCUCAAUUCCCUUCGAUAUACAUUACUAGCUGACUCAUGCACAGUAUUGAACGAAAAAAUGUAUAGAAAUGCGCCUCCCCGUUUCCACUACGCAUCCAUCACAGUUACCCGGUCAUUUUUUUCCUCGGGGGGACUUCUUUGCCGGCGUUUUUGUGUUUCAUCCGCGUUACCAAAUCAACCCAUAAAUCGACGAAUAAAAUUCGAUUUUCGUACCAAAAAUACCAAUAACCCCGUGUCCGCCCCCUCCCUGUAGGUGCUGAACGCGGGUGGGACGAGUUGCUUGAACGUAAUGUAACCUUCCCGGUCUAGAAUUACAUCCAUGUGCGAAGUUUUUAGUAUACAUAUAAAUAAUAAUAGAAGUUAUCAUGAUAAUCACCCCUUCCUGUCUUGAACAAAAGACGACCAAAUCUCCAGACCCGAUUACGAUUGUAUAAUUAUUAACGUUUAUAAGUUUGGUACCCACGUGCGUCAUUAUCUAUGACCGUGAACCGGGACGAACCUGCCGGUGAUCACUUGCAAUAUUAACGGAAUGGCGUUAUGACGAUAAUGUUGCGAACUGCGUCCGUUGUUUAUCGGCGCGUGUCGUAUCGAUGAUUUUCGAACCUGGUAAUAACCAAUUGCCGAUAUUUCCAAUCGGGAUUCCUAUCGCCGUAGUCGAGUUAAAACCGAUUAUUGUGCACGGUGCGUCCGCGGUACUUUUGCUAGCGUUUUAUUUCCACUGCAAUAUAGAAAAUCGCCAACACACAAAAUAUAAUUUCAGUCCGCUGAAAGUCGGUGAUGGUAAAUAAGGGGUGUUCAUAUUGUGUCAAUCGAACACGGACGAGUUUAACCUCCGAGACGUGUAUACGAACGCGAACUAAAAGUUCUUAUUAGUUAUGAGCUCGGACGGUUUCGACUCGUUCGUUGGCAGAUUGACUUUCACAGACCAUGGUUAUGUGUGUAACGUUUAAUUUGCACAACACUUGGGAAAAGAAACUUAAGGAAUGUUUAAUUUCUUGCAAGGUAUUUUUGUUACCGGUUUGCGUACAAAUAUAAUAAUUGCUUUCAUAAACGAUUCCGCAGUCACCGGUUAGUACCAAUGAUUUUUUUCCAAACAUUUAAAACUCGUCCCCUCCCCCGGAUUAUUUAUCCUACUCCAAUAUUAUGACAUGAACGAAUGUGGCUGUUAUUCUUAAAACAGCUAUUUGAAAUAAUUUAAAUAUCCAUUUUACCAUUUGUAUGUGAUACACUCUACACGGUUUAAAAGACCGGGGUAAAAAAGUUACGGGCACGUCCAUUGAACAAAAGACGUGUAUCGCGUAAUAAUAUUACGAAUAUAGUAACUCUACCGUGUGACUGAUUACGACUAAAGAAAAACGUAAACACUUCACGCGGUGUUAGUCAUGACCGAUGGCGUUUAAAGCAAAAAAUGUUUUCGUUUUGUUUUCGUUUUACCGAUGUGCGUAUGCGACGUUAUUCCCUGUGUUCGAUUUUUAACAAAACUGCGUUCGGCCGACUAACACUGUUUAAAGCAGUUUUGCUCUUUUGGUGUGCGCUGGGCCUUGUUUAAAGUGUGAUGUACGAAUGCCAAUUUAUGUUGGUUACAGCGAAAACUUAAUAAACAAUCGUGAUUCGAAGGUAAACGACGUUUUAUAAACAAAAUUGAUACCUUACUCGAGAAAAUAAUUUUUGUUUUUUUUUUUUUUUUUUUCGUAUCAACUGAAAUUGUUACGUUUCGAAAGUUCCAAGCGAAUCGCUUAGCGUAUCGUCGUAUUCGUAAUCACACUGACCGUGUUUGGCACACUCGAAAAAGUUGACGUUAUCAAUUAUAUUUCAAUGUCGAACAGGCGGGGCCGCGUUUAGGAAUUGUUGUUCGUCCUUUCCUCAUCAAAUUCACGGCGUCCCUCAUUCACUGACAUUUUUCCAGUAUACCAUAAACUGUCUUCCCUGAAGAACCCGUUAAAACCGUUCGCAAACUCUCCGAUGAAAACUACGAAAACAUAAUAAGGCAGGGGUUGUUAGGUCUUCACGACAACGCCAAUUUUAUCGUAUCGUCGUAAUCAACCGAAUUAGCUGUAAUUCGCAAAGCUGCACUCUUCGUACAAGAAAAGUAAUUAUUAUAUCGUAUAUCAGACAAAGGUCUGGUAAAGAACUACAGUCCGGGCGGUAAAUGAUAAAACCCUGUGCUUUAAGAGUUUUCGUUUUUAAUAAUAUUGACCGGACGAUGGGUGUUUUUAUUGUAUUACGAUGUCGUGUACGCUUCGAGUUUUUCAUCUAUACCGCCCGACGACAACAACGCAAAUCGUCGAUACAUUUGAUUUAUAAAACCCGACGUUUCUUUCAUUUUUUCAAAUCGAUUAUCGGACCGCGAUCCUACAGUUCGGUUUGUCGAUUCGUGUUGGUACGCACGUCGCGUCGGACGCGGUCAACAAAUACGAUUCCGACGGAAAUGCGAAAACGUCAGUGACCGUUUUGCGCAGUAAACCGCGAGAAAAAAAAAAUUAAAUAAAAACAAAAACAACAACUCGUAAUGUUAAUAAUACGUUACCGGCAUCGUCAUCGAUAAUAAUCUGCGGGUUUGUCGUCGCGCGUGUGAUUUCAUACGACCGUAUCGUGCGAAACACAAAAAAAACCGCCUUAAAGUCAGAAAAGUAGUCGUCCUUCGGCGCGGGAUCACGUGUUGCGACGUAAUGUACAACAUUAAUAUUUGAAUCUCUGUACGUUAUUUAGACGCGGUAACAUUGGACGCCGUCUGCUGUUGCUGCUGCUGCCGACAGACCGUAAAUUCGCACACUCGGCCCCGGGGUCGGGACGUUGCAAAAUGCUUGUCGGGUGCAAGGGCGCCUCGAUUAUACGACAGAGAAGCGCAACGAAAACGUUCUCCAGCUAACCGGCCGACCCGAAGAAAUCCGUACUCGGCGGACAUAAGCGAAACGCAAUCGGGAUCUUCGAAAAUGGUACAACGGAGGAUUUUUCACGUUGAUGCUGUUAUCGGUUAUACAGGGUGUUUCAACGGUAAAACAUAGCGGUAUCGUCCGAACCUACAAUGGAAAUAAUAACAUUUUCUGCGCGCGCCCACAUAAUCGGCUUUGGAAUUCUAAUAACCCAAUAUCCCACCCGGUCGAACCGCUCUUGUCACAGUUGCAGCCACAUAGAGUUCGACGAACCUUCCGCGGACAUUAGGGAGAGGCGCGUAUACUCCAUUUUAAUAUCGGCUAUGUGGACUGCACGUAGAAUGAGACAAAACUGGUUUCACCGUUUCAUAUCAAGUUCAGUAAACUUUCUAACGGUACACGUGACUCCGUAUUCUUGUACGGUAAAAAGAUAUAAAGAUAACUAGUGAACACGACGUGUGCACCGACUUAAUCGUUUGUAAGUUUUAUAUACUUUGUAAAAUAUAAUAAUAUAACAUAGGACCAGUCCUAGCUUUUGUCGAACGAGUUACUUGUUCGAUUUACUUGUACAAGAAAUGGAAUCGUGUGUAUGUGUGCAAGGACAGAUAGACUUACACUUAUCAAACCACGGAAGAUGAAUGUCAUAUUUAUCCUUGAAAAACUGAAAAUGUGGUUAAAAAUAUUUCACCGUAACGCCAAAAACAAAAUAUGUGUACAAUUUUUUUUUGUUUUUCCCGUGAUUAGUUAAACAAAAUUGAAUCAGUUGAAAACAAUUGUCGAGGGGGCAAUUGCCCCUUUCAUACGCCUUAAACUUGGGCCGUUACCGCGCAAUUGUAUUUCACCACAGAAAUCGCACGGGUUUAAAAUCGCAUCUAUUGAAACACCCUGUAUAAUAAUAUUAUUGUACGGUAUUACGGUAUAUUGUGUUAUUGUUUUUGAAUGUAUCUGUUAAUCGGCCGCUGUUUUCGUCUAGCAACUAGCGCGGUUAUUGAUUGGCGGACUGCUGAUUAUUUCGGGACUGUCGUUGGCCAGCCAUCCGCCGUCUCCCUGCCCUGACGUGUUCACCUACGAGGGCACGGAACCGGAAUACGAUAAGUGGUACGGCGGCAUCGUGUUCAGAAGCAACGAAAACUUGGUGGGCGUCCGAUUGGACAUCGAACUGGAUAGACGUUCGGAUUUAAUGGUCGUAAGUACCUGCCGCGCAGCGGUGGUUGACAUACACACUAAUCAAAAAUUACAGCUGUAAUAUGGAAUUAUAGAAAUUGGGGUUACGGCGGAAAUUAAUGAAAUUACCGGCCUAGGACUGAAUGCUAAUCGAAUUCGGGAAUCGUAAUCAAUAAAAUAAAAACUUGUCUGUAUUUAUUUGUACAACGGGAAACAAGACGAAAAACACAGUUCAUAUUUUGUUUUAUUUUUCGGAGUGGCUGCGGUGGCUACUGUAUACUUUUUUUUUAGACGUUCCUCAAACAAAUGGCUUUCACCGAUUCACAAAUACUGACCUGUAUAAUAUGUUAAUGGUUAUUGGAACGGUUCCCAAACUGUGAACCGCGGUGCCUAAAGGCGCCAGUGGUUCAUAUACAAAUUAAAAUAAUUAGUAAUUAAUUUUAAUUUGAUUUGUUGAUUUAAAUUUGCCACAACAGAUAAACUUUUCACUUUUAUAGCGGUUUUUUUUUUUUUUUUUUUUUUUUUUUUUUUUUUUUUUUUUUUUGUCUCGUGAUGCCUUUGUUUGUAUUUGUUCAGUGGUUAUUGGUAAUGGGACGUAAUAUAGUGUACCUACUAUUUUUUAUAAAUGUUUUUGGCGAUGUUCAUUUAGUAGGACCACACGGCUGAAUUUGAUCCUUAAAAGGGCACCGGCCUUUGAAAAGUUUUGAAACCGCUGGUGUAUUGAUUUUUUUAUGCGCCAGAAACGUUUAUUUUCUAUACCUAGUAUGAAUAUUACGUAUAGGCAUGGUUUCAGUCGUGGACGGGCGAGUUGUCGACCAGUGAUAGCAUCAAGUACACUAUUCUGAACUUGAACCAAAGACUGAGAUCUGGUUCCACCAUGACGUCCAGAAUCAUGGUCAAAUUCAACCCGUCCAUAGGUAGUCCCAGAAUACGGUCGAUCAAACUCAACAACCGCCAGAUUUGCCCAAAGGAUUCGGGUAAGAAUAGUCCAUUACUCACCUCCAACGUAAUCUGCUUAGCAAUGCAAUGUUGGCGCAUAAUAUUAUUAUGUUUCCAGCACAAAACUACGAGUACGAAGAGUCGUUAAGGCCGCCAACGGUGCAGAACAGACCGGAUCCCGUAUUCGUGGAGAACUCCGAAGAAUUCGGGUACAGUAACAAUAACAACAACAACAACAACAACAAUAAUAACAACAAUUAUCAUAACAACUACAACCGCCCAUCACCGGUUGAGACGACGGAAGAACCGUACACUACUACAAGACGAUCGACGAAGAUGACGACGACUACGACCUCUACUCGAAAUCCACCGAGGGAGAACACGGAUGACAGUAGGCCGCCAAACAAGAAAAACAAUAACGGAAACGCCAACCUGUUGACGUUACAAGCCAGCACCAUAGACUCCAAUAGUGACCUCAACGGUGUUAUCAACGGGUUAUUACAGAACGAAAACAACACCAACAAAACCGUCAUCAUAACUGUCGUGGAAAAAAACCCACAGAACCGGCCUUCAAAUACCGGUAGCAGUAGCAACAGCGGUAGCAGCAACGGUAACAGUGAGUCAAGACCGAAUUUACAUGGCGGCGAAAGGCCGUCCGGACAAAAAUCGACUACGACGACCACCCCGAGACCAAAGUACAAUUACGGCGAAGACACCGCCAGGUUCGUUACUGGCUGGGAAAAUAAAAUUAUAUUUACUUGUUUUUACUAACAAUUACGUUUUUCUUGCAACAGCACCCACUCGGAACAAUCGUCCGAUUCAGAUUCGGAGACAUGCGGCACCAUUAAGUUGCAGGCCGUGCCACUGAUAACGUACGGACAGUCGACACUUCAAGGACAGUGGCCCUGGCACGUGGCGCUCUACCGGGUCGAAGGCGCAAACUUGAACUACAAUUGUGGAGGGUCACUCGUAUCGAAAAACAAAGUAAUCACAGGUGAGUGAUACGUUGGAUAUGUCGCAAUCAUCAUAGGUCGCGUUUAAUGGAGUCAUAGAUAUUUAUUGAAAGGAAGAGAAAAUAGACGAGCAAUGUGUGUAGAGACGAAGAAGUAGACUGGGUAAAAGUUGUUGGUGGUUCUUAAAUUAGACAUGGGGGCGUUUGGAGUAGAUAUAUUUUAUAUAAACGGUCAUAAUAAGAGUGGGAUAAAGGCGAAGAGGAUGAAUAAGACAUCAAACACGCGAUUUGAACAUUGUAAUAUUUCGUAUACACAUUUUUGUAAAUAAUUAGUAAUUUGAUAGCUGGAUUAUUCUGCGAAAAAUCGUGCUGGCAAACAUUUUCAAUUGCAUACGUUUGUUUAUGUAUGAGGAAACUUCCAAAGCUCUAGUCGGGACAUUGCGCGUCGUCGUGUAAAAAAACAAUUUUAAAACGUCUUCAUUUCUGAUACCACAGCCGCUCAUUGCGUGUUCGAAAAGAACGAAGAUUCCAUCAUCCAAUCCAAAAAGCUUGUGAUUUACCUCGGCAAACACCACAGGUUCCAGUACAGUGACGAGUUGGGCAUCCAGACGAAACAGGUGAGACUGCAACUGCAGUAGCUAUAGCGAAAAUCGAACCGCUCUAAACGGGACAACUGGUGUAGUGCGGAAUUUACGACCGAUUCACGUUUCCGUUAUUUUCGUAGGUGAGCCGAAUAAACGUGUUCCCGGCGUUUAACAAAAACAACUUCACCGGAGACUUGGCCAUUUUGACGCUUUCGUCUAACGUGGAAUACACGAAAUACGUGACGCCCGUGUGCUUGUGGGACGAAUCCGACAGUUUGGACAACAUAGUGAACAAAGAAGGAACGGUAAGGCGCAGCUGACGGACGAACGUGUAUAAUAUAAUUAAUCCGCGUUAUUCAGUGGCGUACCGAAUAGUUUAUUUUAUAAUGGGAUAACGGGGAUGGGGUACGUGUUGAAAUUGACAACCUAUGCGAUUCGCAAAAAAAGCCAAGUAUAAUUGCUGAAAAGGUUUAAACUUUUCACUACACGUGAAACGCUUAAAUAUGUUUGAUAUGUGUAUACGCGUUAUGUCACUGCACUUUACACGGAAAUUUACAUAACUUCCGACGUAGAAAUCAACCGUAUUUCAUAAUUUUUUUUUUUUUUUUUACAGGUGGUCGGUUGGGGUUACGACGAAAACGACACGCCGACCGAAGAACUGAAAAUGGCUAAAAUGCCGGUAGUGUCACAUGAAACCUGUCUAUGGAGCAAUCCGAAUUUCUAUUCGGAAUUCUCUUCUAACAAAACAUUUUGUGCGGGAUUCAGAAACGGUACGUAAAUAUAAGUAUUGCAAAAUUGUAUUUACAUCCGAUAAAUUAUGCACCGUCAUACGCGCGUAUCAAUUCGUUAUUACGCAUAUCGAUUCUAAAAAUAUUACCAAUUCAAAUAAUUAUUAAAAUUUGAAAUUGACCGAUUCAAAUUAUUUAUAGUGUUAUAAAAAUGACUUCUAUUAAGUAUGCAAACUGGGAACGGGGGAUGAAAUGAUUCCAACAUUUUUUGAUUGGCAAUUACCUUUCCAUAAUAUUCUUGUCGUUUAAUAAUUAUUUUUAUUUCUAGGCACUAGUGUGUGCACCGGUGACAGCGGCGGCGGUAUGGUGUUCAACAAGAAUUCCCGAUGGUACUUGAGAGGAAUCGUGUCGUUGGCAGUGCCCAAAGAGGGCCUGCGGAUAUGCGACACGAAACAUUACGUGGUGUUCACGGACGUGGCCAAGUACAUGGACUUUGUAAGGAAGAACAUCGACCGAUGACGGUCCGAUAACGGAAAGGCGCUCGGAACAAACGGAAUUGAAUAAUUUGGGAUUUACGGACAGAAAUAUUGGACUGUAUGUUAAAUAAUGCGUGCGUAAUAUUGCGUUCGCGUUACGGUCUGCGGCCGAUUUCCAUAUUAUCACGACGUUAUAAACAAAUGGACGAACAAAAUGAUAGUGUUUUUUUUUUUUUUUUACUUGUUUCAUAUCAUUAUUUGUACUAUUUAAAUUUCGUAUACGAUAUUUAUUUUUAACAUUUAUCUCGACGAUAUACUUAUAACGACUAUAGUUUUAUCGUACGACCAAAAUAAAUAUAAGU